GCAGCUUCAUCUAGCCGGUGAAAACUGCGACGUGAGCAGAUAUAUUCUUCAGCGGAGAUAAAGCUAAACCAAAAAAAAAGAAGAAGCUUUUUGAAACUUCAAAACUGCGUCGGGAUUUCAGCAAGACAUUUCCCAGAGGGGAAUUCACAAGCAUCACCAAGUUCUGACACGCGGCCAUGGAAAGAGACAAGAAAGUGACCUUCCAGCUGUUGCUGGCUGUGGGAACAGCUGUGAUUGGCUCUCUUCAAUUUGGUUAUAACACAGGUGUUAUCAACGCACCUCAGAAGACCAUCGAGAGCUUCUACAAUGACACAUGGUUUGAACGAUAUAAUGAGUACAUACCUGAAACAUCCCUCACAUCACUCUGGUCUAUCUCAGUGGCCAUCUUCUCAGUGGGGGGGAUGUUUGGCUCCUUCUCCGUGGGUCUCUUUGCCAAUCGCUUUGGAAGGAGGAACUCGAUGCUCAUGGUUAACAUCCUAGCCUUCAUCUCAGCAGCACUGAUGGGCUUCUCUAAAUUGGCAGCCUCAUGGGAGAUGUUGAUCAUUGGCCGUUUCAUAGUGGGGUUUUAUUCUGGCCUUUCCACUGGGUUGGUACCCAUGUAUGUGGGUGAAGUGGCACCCACUGCACUCCGAGGAGCAUUGGGAACCCUGCAUCAGCUGGCCAUUGUUAUAGGCAUCCUUAUAGCACAGGUGUUUGGUCUGAAGGAGAUCAUGGGCACUGCCAAUCUGUGGCCCUAUCUGCUGGGCUUCACCUUCGUCCCAGCACUACUGCAGUGUUUCCUGUUACCCCUCUGCCCCAAGAGUCCUCGCUAUCUCCUCAUCAUCUGCAAUGAAGAGAAAAAAGCCAAAUCAGCGUUGAAAAAGCUGCGUGGAACGACAGAUGUGAGUGCAGACAUGCAGGAGAUGAAGGAGGAGAGCAGGCAAAUGAUGAAGGAGAAGAAAGUGAACAUCCUAGAGCUGUUACGCUCCCCAAUCUACCGACAGCCUUUAGUCAUCGCCAUCGUACUGCAGCUGUCACAGCAACUGUCUGGCAUCAAUGCUGUCUUCUACUUUUCCACAAGCAUCUUUCAGAAAGCUGGUGUGGCACAGCCUGUGUAUGCCACUAUCGGCGCUGGAGUCGUCAACGUGGCGUUCACUGUAGUGUCGCUGUUUUUAGUGGAGAGAGCUGGUCGGAGGUCACUGCACCUAACAGGACUGAUGGGUAUGGCUGUGUCUGCAGUCCUGAUGACAAUUGCCCAAGCAGUACAGGCGCAGGUUUACUGGAUGUCAUACAUAAGCAUCGUCGCUAUUUUUGCCUUUGUGGCAUUCUUUGAAAUCGGACCAGGCCCCAUUCCUUGGUUCAUCGUAGCUGAGCUGUUCAGUCAAGGCCCUCGUCCUUCUGCUUUUGCCGUGGCUGGUUUGUGCAACUGGACGGCCAAUUUCAUAGUGGGAAUGUGCUUUCAGUAUGUGGCGCUCCUCUGUGGUCCAUACGUUUUUAUCAUCUUCACUGUCCUGUUGCUGGGUUUCUUCAUAUUCACAUACUUCAAAGUCCCGGAGACAAAAGGCCGGACAUUUGAGGAGAUUGCUGCCGGUUUCUCCCAGCAUGCAGUUGCAGGCAUACAGAAAGCAUCACCUGAAGAGAUGAACAGCCUGGGUGCCGAUUCUGAGCUCUGAGCCCCACCUCCUUCAUUCCCUCACACUCCUUGACAUAUCUAAUGAAAGAGGAAUAUGCUGGCUGGAAAACACAUCUCUCUCUCUCUCUCUUCUCAAUACUAGACUGUUCCAUGCCUCUGUUCUUCCUUUUUUUCAUGCGUGUGUACAUAGGUGGCGAGAGGUGCGAAUGCUGUAUUUAGAGAUUUCUCUUUUAUAUGUACACUGUUUUAUAUGUACUUGAGAAGAUAUUUUCCUUUUUUUAAACUUUGUAUCUGUUACAUUUUUACUUCAGACGAAAUUAUUUUUAUAACGACCAUUCCUGUUCAUCAGCAUACCAUUUUAUCGAUUCCUAAGAAAACGUGGCCUUAAUCGCUUUUAGUCGACAUAACUGAAUUCCUUGUAACUGUAUCUGAGCUUUAGGAUUGGACCUUUUUACUCAAAGUAAUAUGAAUGAUGACUGGAUGUCGAAUUAACUAUCGGGAGAAUAGAAUAUGGAAGAGCUUUGAAUCGUGGUGUGUUGGGGCUCUCACGGUAUCUUUUCACAGACUUCAUCCCUUCAAUGUCAUUUCUAUAAAAUGAAAUAGACAUUAUAUUUAUUUGACAAAUGAAUUGAUAUAUUUUUUACUUUAACCAUGAGUUCAGCAAGAUGAUUGAGACAUGGUGAGUUUGUGCCUCAUAGCUCCAUGGUCCAGGGUAUGAUCCUGAACUUUGUUUACUUUGUCUAGUUGUCCAGUUUCCUCCCACCUCUAAAAAACAAACACUUGGCCCAUAGGCAGAUCCGUGUGCGUGUGCGUGUGCGUGCGUGUGUGUGUGCGUGUGUGUGUGUGUGCCUGUGCGUUGUACACAGGGCGUUCAGCUCCGGAUCCACCACACCCCACCCCUCAACUGUAUAAUGAUUAUUAUACAUGUAUAAUAUGUUUAAUAUUAUUAUACAUAUUAUAUGAUGUUAUGAACAACAAAAUUUUUACUACUCUGUGUUUUAGGAUUACGAAUGUAUUUACAUUUUUACAUGCUCUUUUAAUUGUUAUCUUACAAAACAAAAGUUGAUUUGCACUGACAUUGAUAAACAUUGCUAAAUAACUAAAUGAGCCUAAUCAUGAAUGUCACCGUGACAGAAUAUCACUAGUACUAUACAGGAGUACAGGAGAAUGCACAGGUGAUCUGUAAUGUCUCAGACUGUGUCAUUACCAUAUUAUAGAUAUCACCACAUGCAGUACCAAUGACUCCACACUGCAAAGGAACAUUUAUAAAGUAUUUAUGUAAGGUUAUAUUAGUCAUAUCGAAUAUCAGGGCAGUACAGGCAAGUAGACACACACAUCAUAUACAUCAGUUCAUCACCAUGAAGAUGCAUGUUGACGGCUUUAAAAUUCCUGUUUUAUGGUUUUAAUUUUCUCUUUUGAAGAUGGGUUUUAGUAUUGUUUUACGUACAUGUCCGAGGCUUUCCCGAAGCUCUUUUUAUCACUCAUGUCUCAUCUGAUCUUAUUUCACCUAACAAAGUGUGGUCUGUUAUCAAGUAAGAAGCAUUCUGAUGAACAAAAGACUGAAAUAUUUUGACGUUUUGCACACUUCCCAAGCCUUGUAAGCCUCACUGUUUCUCAUGUAUCGCGUUCAGAAUUCAAAUCUCGCUUGGCCAGUUUGAACAACACAGUUAUGUGUGUCAGGGUGUAGGGUACAAGUUCAGGGCUCGAAGACUAAUUGGAACUAAAGCAUUCCAGAAAGUGUGGGUGUGUAUGUGUCCUGUUGCACAUGGAAAGCAUUGUGUCAUGUCAGAACAUCAGGCAUUGGCUAAAAAAACAUUGUUAAUGUUUUGCAACCUCUUUGUUUCUUUCUAAAAGAAGCAGUGUGUAUCAUAAUGGGUACAGAGUGAGCUUAUCAAUGACUUAAUGCAAUAAGUGACCAUGACACUAUACAGGUAAAAUAUAUAUAUAUAUAUAUAUAUAUAUAUAUAUAUAUAUAUAUAUAUAUAUAUAUAUAUAUAUAUAUAUAUAUAUAUAUAUAUAUAUAUAAACCUGUUUCUGCGUUUCCAUACCCUUGGGUUUGGUAUGAUUUUUAUUUUAUUUUUUUAAUUUACAACUUUUUUUUCCCCCUUAACUUUGAAACUGACUAUUUUGACUAGAUUGUAAUACUGUAAAAAAAUAGUUUUAAACUUGUAUAUUUUUACUGGUAAAUAGUGCUGUAUUUAUUAGUUUGCCUAAUUUAUUUAGUUUUUUGGUUGUUAGUAUCUUGUUUAAUAUCAAUAAAAUGUAUAUAAAAUAAAUAUUUUGAGACUUGCA